AUGGCAAAUUUAUUAACAUAUGAAAAUGCUUUUUUAAUUUUUGAAGACUACAACAUGGUAACCUAUACAAGAAAAAGAGGAAGAAAUUUUUUAAAGAAAAAAAAAUACUUAAAAAACUUUAAUAUUAAUAAUUGUUUAAGUAUACAUAAUUAUAAUUUUAGUAUAUCUAGAAAUAAUGUAAGUUUAAGAUUAAGUAAUGAAAACAAAUUUUUUGAAAAAUUAGAGAGUAACAUAAAGUGGCUAAUAAAAUAUAUAAUAAAACUAAAAAAGCAUGUAGUGAAUAUAUAUUUAUUUAUUAAAUUUACUAGCUUAAAAUGUAUAUUAAAAAUGUCAACAUAUUAUUAUUUAAAAUAUAUUGUUGAAAAGGUUUAUGAGCAUAACUUAGACAAGUUAGUUCGUGUGGUUUUACCAAUUUAUGAUCUACAUAAAUUAUAUUCUUUUUUAUAUUAUGAAAAAUUUUGUUUUAUUAAUCAUUAUAAGAAUAUAUUAUCAAAAUAUGAUUUAAUUAAACUAAAAAGAUAUUGUUGUUCUUUUAUUAUUUUAAAUAAAUAUAAUAAAAACAUAACAUUACCUUAUAUAAAUAUUUAUGAUGUAGAUAUAAUAAAAGUAUCUAGAAAAAAAGAAAAGAAAAAGAUAAAGAAGAAAGAAAAAGAGACAGAGAAAGAGAAAGAAGAAGAAAUAGAAAAAGAAAAAGAAAAAGAAGAAGAAAUAGAAAAAGAUAAUAAUAUGAUAAAAAUAAAAGUAAAUAAUACUAAAGAACAAGAAAUUCAAUUUUUUAUAAGAAAAAAAAGAAUUCUUAAAAAAAUAAAAAUUCAAAAAUAUAAAAUAAAAAGAACAAUAAACAAAUAUUUAAAAAAAAAUGAUAUAGGAUUAUUUGCAGGAACAUUUGAUAAAAUUCACUAUGGCCAUAUACUUUUAUUAUUCUACUCAAUUUUUUUAACGAACAAAUUUUUAUAUAUUGGAUUAUAUAAUAAUAAAAAUUUAUGUAAUAAAAAAUAUCAUGAGGAAAUUGAUGAUUUUAAUUUAAGAAUUUAUAAUAUUUCUGAUAUUUUGUUAUUAAUAAGAAAUAUAUAUCAUAUACAUUUUUUAUUUAAAAAUUUUGAACACAUUAAUCGAUUUAUCAAAAUAAAAAAUUCUCAUAAAAUUCUAUAUCAAAUUAUGACUAAUGAAAACAGUGAAUUUUCGGUUGAAUUUGAAAAAGAUAAAUACAAAAAAUAUUUAAAUGAUUUUUAUAUUAACAAACAAAAUUCAAUUAAAGAAUGUAAUACAAUAAAAAAAUAUUUAUUCUUAAUAAAUGAUAGAAUAGAUUUAAUAUAUCAAAAGAAAUUUAAUAAUAAUAAAAAUAUCUUGUUAGUAAAAAAAAUAAAAAAGAAAUACUCUAAAUAUUUAUAUUUUCAUAUAAAUUCAAAUAAAAAAAACAUAAAAAAAAAAAAUGGAUAUCAGAAAAAAAUUAUUGUAUUAAAAAAAAUUCAUGAUCCUUAUUCAUUUGCAAUAGAUAUUAAUGAUACGUUUUGUUUAACUUUAUCAAAAGAAUCUGAAACAAAUGGAUACAAUAUUGUAAAUAAAAGAAAAUGGAUAUUUAAAAAAAUAAAAAAAAAGGAUAAUAAAAUUAUUAUGAAUAAUUUUAAUAAUAAUGACAAAUAUAAUGAUAAAUAUAAUGAAAAUUAUUUAAGUGAAAAAGAGAAAACUAUAUUAAAUAUAUUUGAUACUAUAGAUUUAAGAGAUGGAAAUAAAUUGAAUUCUACUUUAAUUAGAAAAGAAAAUUGUAUGCUAAGAAAAAGCAAAUUUGCAAAAAUUUUAAAAUAUUUUAUUGAUGCAUGUUUAUUUUUUGAUAUUGAACAUUUUCUCAUACAAAUGUAUACUAAUAAUUUUUUGUAUAAAAAAGGAAAAACUUCAUUUAAAAAACUUUAUAUAAAUAAAGUAAAAAGCUAUUUUUGCAAAAACAAAUAUGAAAAAAGUGACAGAUUAAAAAAAAAUGUGGAAAAACAUAGAGAAAAAAAAUAUAAUAAAAACAAAUAUAUAGUUAAUGAUUUUUUUAGACAUUUAUUUGUUUUGUCAUCUUUUUUUAUUAAUCAUUUUAUUGAUGAGCCACAUGUGCAUAAAAUUCAAUUAUUUAUGAAAAUAUCCAUAUCUCUUUCCUUUUUUUUUUAUAACAAUAUAACUUUAUUAAUUAUAAGGAGAAAAGAAGAAUUUGUAAAUAAAAAUUUUGUAAAAAAUAAUAAUAUAGAGAAAAAAAUAAGUAUGUUUGAUGAUAAUAUUGAACAUAUUUUAAGAAGAUAUAUUAAUGAUAUAGAUGAAACAUUUAUAGAGAAAAUAUUAAAUCAAAUUCUUAUUUUUACUAUUUUAUUUUUAUCUAUAUCAAUAUUAUGUAAAAUAUUUUAUUUUGAUAAUUUAGGAGGGAAAAAAAAAAAAAAAAAAGAAAAGGAAAUGGAAAUGGAAAGAAAAAAGGAAAAGGAAAAAGAAAAGGAAAAGGAAAAGGAAAAGGAAAAGGAAAUGGAAAGAAAAAAGGAAAAGGAAAAAGAAAAAGAAAAAGAAAAAAAAAAAAAAAAAGAAAAGGAAAUGGAAAGAAAAAAGGAAAGGGAAAAUGAAAAGGAAAAAGAAAAAGAAAAAGAAAAAAAAGAUUUGUUUUGUACUUCUAACAAAACAUUAAGUGAAGUAAAUAAUGGAUAUUACGAGAUAGUAAAAGAAAAAAAGGAGUUUAAAAAUUUAAAUUAUCAAUAUUUUUUAGAUAUUUUAAAUAACUAUUCAAAUAAAUGGAAAUAUAUGAAUUUUACUUGUGAUAUUUAUAAAAAAGAAAAAAAUUAUCUUUUUUCUUCAAAUAGUUUUAAUCCUUCUUUAUUCUUUUCUAAUUACAUCAAUAGUAAAAGGAUGCAUUCAUUCAAUUAUAUUGUUACUCCUUAUACAUUUUGCAACUAUAAAUUAAUGAAUAAUCUUAAUAAUCGUAUUUUUAAUUUUAAGGAGUAUUUUAUUCAAGAUAAAAAUAGAAAAAAAAGUUCUAAUUACAAAAAUUUAAAUGUUAUAACAAAUAUUAAAAGAAAAGAAGUUAAUAAUAAGAACGUGGAAAAAAAAAAUCAUUUUAGAGAUAAAUGUAAUGCUCAAAAUUUCAAUCUUCUUUCUCUAAAAAAAAUGAAAAUAAAUAUUAUAAAUAAUUCUUACGAGAUUAAAAUUAAAAAUGAAGAAAAUAUACUUAAUAGUAAUAAUAAAAUAAGUAUAAAUGAUAUAAAAAACUAUGUUAAAGGAAGAAAAUAUAAUAAUUAUUACAAGAAAAGAUUAGAAACAUUAAUUAGAAUAAAUAUAAAUAAUGAUGAUGAUAUACAUUUUUUUAGAAAAAUACUGAUAUACAAAUUUUUAGAUAAUUAUUUUAUUUCUUUUUUUUGUUUUUAUUUCUUAAAAUAUAUUAUGAAUAAUGAAUAUGAAAAAAGUGAAUCUUUUAAUAAAACAAAUUUGAAUGAUUUUUUAUAUAUAUUUUUAGUGUCUUUUGAAAAGCAUAUUGAAAUAAUUAUAAAUAGUUACAUUAAAAAAAGAUGGAAACUAAUAGAAAAAAAAAAUGAUAGUUUUGAUGUGUAUAGGAGAUAUAUAACAAAAUUUUCUAUUAUUCAUAGAUAUAUAAUGACAAAUAUUUCUCCUUUAAAUAAUUAUAAUAUAGAUUUUGAAAAAAAAUACUAUUUUAAAAAAAAAAAGAAGAAUUUUGCGAAUACUCCUUUCCAUAUAAAAUUAGAUAAUUUUAAAAAUUUGAAUGUUUUUUCAUUUUACAAUAUAAUUUUUCAAAAUAUCUUAAAAUAUGAAAACUAUUAUUACCCAUAUUUCUCUUCACUUAAUUACUUUCAUUUAGAUUAA